AUGAAAUUAAAAAUUAUUUUUGCUCUUUUCAAAAUAAUUAUUUUUAAAAAUAUGUUCAAUUUGUUUGAUAAUACAAUUAUUAUAUCUACAAAUUCUUAUAAAGAAGUGAAAAAUAAAUUACCAAAUAAAAUAAACUCAGUGAUACUUCAAAAUAAUCCAGAUAAUUUAUUUUCUAUAAAUCAUUCAGAUAUUUCAUUUCAAAAAAAAAAUUUUAAGUCAUUUUUGGAAUUAAAUGUAAAACAUUACAAUAGAACAGAUGAAGACGAUGAUGAAUCUGAUGAUGAGGGUGAUGAAAAUUCCCUUUCAUCUACAGACUCAUACAGCAAUGACAAUAAUGAUGAUAAUGAUGAAAAUGAAAAUCUUUUUACUAGGACAAACAAAAGGUUUUCAAAAUAUAAUUUUUUAAGAAAUUUGAAAAAACACAACUACAAUCAAGAGGAUAACUCAAAAAUGGACGAAAAUGACGAUAAUAAUGAACAUGAAAAGAAAAAGAAAAAGAAACAUGGACAUCAUAAGAACAUCCCCCAAGGAAUCAUCUCAAAUAAUGGAGGAAUGAACAAUAAUGGAGGAAUGAACAGUAAUGGGGGCAUGAACAAUAAUGUAGGAAUGAACAAUAAUGGAGGAAUGAACAAUAAUGGAGGAAUGAACAAUAAUGGAGGAAUGAACAAUAAUCAGAAUAUAUACAACAAUACGGGGGUAAACAAUAAUGGAAAUAUAAACAAUAACAAUAGUAACAAUAUAAAUAGUAAUAUCGGUAUGAAUAACAGUAACAGUAUGAAUAGCAAUGUAAAUGCUAAUAAUGUUAAUAGCAACAAUAACUUGGGCACGACAGCCGCUGUUAUUGCAGGGGCUGUUAACAACGGAAAUAAUGCAAAUAUUGUAAAUAAUACAAAUGAUGCAAAUAGCGCAAGUAUUGCAAGUACCGCAAGUAUUGCAAAUAACACAAAUACUGCAAAUAACACAAAUGCUGCAAAUAACACAAAUUCUGCAAAUAACACAAAUACUGCAAAUAACACAAAUACUGCAAAUAACACAAAUACUGCAAAUAACACAAAUACUGCAAAUAUUCCAAAUGGAAAUACCGCAAUAGGUGGUGUUACUCCUGUUCCUGUAGAGAAUAAUAGUACAUCCGUCUUUUUAAAAUUAAUGGAAAAUAAUAAUAUAUUUAACACAAGUGAAAUGAUAUGUACUUCAAUUAAAUGCAAUAGUUUAACUAAUGACGCAAACGGAAAAAUUCCUCUAACAGAUUGCACAAACAUAACAUACUGCGGAAACUGCGCAAUUUCCACGAGUCCCAAAGAUCAGUGUAGCACCAUGAAAAAUUUAAACACAGAAAACAUGCUUGUGUCAUCAGGUUUUGUCGACCCCACAAAUCUUAUAAAUAAAAAUAAUUUAAUAAAUAUCCCGUUCCUCUGGGACAAGCCUUUGUUUGACUUCUCUAAAUGCUUGCCUGAUAUAAAUAAAUACAAAUUGGCAUCAAAGAAUUUGCAAAAUAAAGAUAAAACUGAGCUGUACAAGCACUUAUUCAGGUUGGCUAAUCUUUAUGUUUAUAUGACGAAAAUUGUAGAAGACAACAACGUUAAUGGGUUGAGUAUAUCUGUUAAUGUAAACAACAUUAACAUCGCAUCACUAAAACAAAAUGAACAGUUAGCAAAUGAAACGAAUUCCCCAUUAACAUGCCCCUUGAACGUAGCUAAUGUAAAAGCAUUUAAUAUGCACCCAACACAAUCCCUUGCCUUCUACCAGCGUCUUUUUAUUCCGGAAAACAAUAACAUAAUAGAUAGUAAAAAUCUAAGUGUUCAAAUAACAAGUGAGCAAGGUUACAACGUAGGAAAUUAUUUUUUUUAUGCAAAAAUUGAUUGUCCUAAAACAGAUCCUCUUGUAGAAAAUGAAUUGAAACCUGCACAAACAACUCAAAUUAAUUUACUACAAAAUAUUGAAAACAGUCAACAAACGAACGAAAGUAACAAACAAAAUACACAAAAUAUUAGCAGUACCGCAAAUAAAGUUGGAACUUUUCAAUCAUUAAAAAAUAGUACUGCUCGAAAUGAUUUUAAAGCAAGAGGAAAUUCUUUUAAAAAUACACAAAAUUCUUUUCUAUUUUUCUUAUCCAUAAUUAUAUAUUUUGCUUUUGUAAGUUAG